UUGCAGUGCUUCAAUGGUGGAACACCUGAAGUAAGGGAUGCAGCAUUUUUAGCUCUGGCUGCCGUAGCCAAAGACCUUUGGAGAAGUCGCUGGAGAAACUUGAUGAUGUCAGGAAAAAGAAGUUAUCGGAAAUGAUUGGGAGUUCUGGAGGGGGUCAAUCCACUGUUACAAGUACAGUCCAAUCUUCAGGAAGAGGUAUGUCUUGCACAGAGGUGGCCGGUUAACUUUUCAUGAUAUUGGGAAGAACACUUACACCAUGCCUCCUAAAAAGAAAUUCAAGGCCACUGCCUCUUCAUCUACUACAGUGUUUGAUCGAAGACGAUUCAUUAGUCCCGAAGCAAAGGAACGCUAUAAACAAAAUGUGAUACAUCGAAAUUGCAUUCCUGAGAGGGGCCUUGAAAAUUUUUUGCCAGAUAAAAUACACAGUUUAGGAUGGGAGAAGUUUACCGAACAACCUACAGCUGUAUCCAUUCCUUUGGUGAAAGAAUUUUAUGUCAAUGCCAAUGAACACGAGAACUUCAAAGUUUUUGUCUGGGCUUUUUGGAUCAAGUUUGGCAGUUUUUCAAUUAACAGGUUCUACCACACGCAGGAUAUACCCAAUGAUGACUAUUCCCGACUACGCGAUGAGGGGGUCGAUCUUGAUGAGAUAAUUCGCACUAUAGCUCGCCUUGGUGCUGAAUGGAAAAGAUCAGCUAGUGAUGUAACUCACUUCCCUUCCUUUGGUCUGAUACCUAACUGUAAAAUUUGGCACCACUUCACAUCAUCCAAAUUGAUCCCCAGUAGCAACACCAGCGAGGUCACCAAGGAACGGGCCUUAUUGAAUUUUGUUAUUCAGAAGGGGUAUUCUAUUGAUGUUGGCAGAGUCAUUCAAUGCUGCUAGCCGGGCCAGCUACAAACAGUUUGGGUCACCCCUCUUUGAUCCAUGACCUUUGCAUACACAGGGUUCACGUGCGAGAAACUGAUGAAGUGUUACACCCGAAACAAUUACUUACACGGGAACUCUGUGAUAGGCAUGUGGGACAUCGGGACGUCCCUGGCUCUUCUCAGUCAUCUCGUCCAUUACCUCCUACACCACCGCCUCCACAACCUUCUGAUGCUACGGGGAACAUCUUUCGACGUCUUUAAGCCAUGGAUUUGUGCAUGACCCGAUGGCAGGAUGGCAAUCAUGGCAUCUGCCAUCUUUGACCAGUUUCAUUAUCAAAACGCUUGCAUGGCGAUCAUGGCAUCUGCAUACCCCGAGCUUACCUUCCCUCCACCUCAUUCACACCCUCCCGCUCCACCUGAUGGCGAUGAAGACAAUUGAUGUUUUCCCCAAGGUAUUACUCUUCCCUUUCUUUCAAUUUCACAUUGAGGGUAAUGUGUUGUUUAAGUUUGGGAGGGUCUUACUUUCACUUAGUUGUUAGUUGUGUUGAGCAUUUUCCUACUUUUAUUGUGUUGCGUUCCAAGUAUGUUGCGCGUGUUAAUUUACUUUGUGUGAAAAAAAUAAAAAUAAAUAAAUAAUUUUGCAUUAUUUUAUUUCGCAUGCUUGUGUGAAUUGGAUAACAUUGUUGGCAAUGAUGAAUAUAUUUGGAAUGUGGAUCAGUUGUGGAUUAUGGAUGAGUCAGUUGCUUGAAUUAAAGUGUUACUUACCCUUGCAGAUUAUUGUAACAUUUAUGCACGUGAAUUGAAUAUAGCGGCGAACAAAAAUGAGUUGAUUCAUAAUUAGAUUUAGGUUGAAGUAAUGACCUUAGAAAUUGAAUCCAAACAGCCACUUGUAUAAUAGUAUUCACAUCCUUUAACCUACCUUAGGAUAGUUUGGAGGGGUAAACUGUUGUAGGAAAGCAUGGACAUGAGGGUGGAUUUCGUGUGUGCUUCAGAGGUAAGGUUUUCCUUCUUCUGCUUCUUUUCCCCUUUGUACUUGCUUUUUCAUGUUCUAUGGUUCCAGAAUGACAACUUCACUCUGGAGCUGGCGUGAAGCGAAGCUAUUAA